AACCACAAACAGCUGGGUAAACAAGCGUCAACAAGCGCAAAUAAGCCCAUCAAACACAGCUAAACCACCCACAAACCGCUCACAAACCGCUCACAACGAUGAUGUUCCCCUUCUCCCUCUUCCAGCUCAAGCAGGCCGAGCACAAGCCAGCCGACGCCGCCAGCAAGGAGACGUUGACACCGGAAAGCCGCGUCAUUGCCUUGUCCAAGGUCGAUCACGACGGGUUCAUCGACGUUGACUUGAAGCAGUUGAGCUAUGCCGAGGUUGCGGCGUUGAAGCUGGGCGAGGGGCUCAAGCCGGCGUCGAGGGCGAAGACGAGGGCGAAGACGAGCACAGCGCAGAGAGAGGAUGGCGGUGUCCGCGGUGAGCGCUCAGGGGAGCAGGUUAUCGAGGCGAGCGAGUUGGGCAAGGACAUCUCGGACGUGCAAAUGGCGGAAGCCAUUGCACGCGACGCGAUGAUGAGAUCCGCCGCCAUGUACGACGCUGACGAUGACGAGGCACAGCUCUUGGACCUGGAGGAGUUCAAAAGGGUCUCAAAGAAGAAGGCCAAGAAGCUCAACAAGAGGGGCAAAGGUUCUAAAUGACGGUGCCUGAGCUCCGCUGGCACCUCUGUCCCACCGCUGACCAUGGCCAUCUGUUCGUAUUCUAUACUCCAUAAACGUAAUAAACCUCCUUGUAUUCUUGUUCAGCCCCCGGAGGAGAACACGCACAGUAGUGCUCACAUGUCGAGAUCAACAACGCUCUUGGCCUUGAACUUGCGUCCAGCUCGAUCAGAGCUUCGGUACUGGAACCGUGUGCCUAUGAUGGUGAACUCCAUGCACUCGUUGGAGCCAUCGGGCUCUAACACGUUGUACAACGGCACGAUGAAGUUGAACAUUGUUCCCUUCUUC